AUGUCUUCAGAACUGAGAGAAGUGCUUGUGGAGGUUUAUGUCAAUGGCGUCUUCUACUGCACUGAUAGUUUCUGGGCAUCAGAUGACAAAAAUGUGGAGUCAGAGAUCACCAGUGCCAUCUAUGACAAUUUCAGUUGCUAUAAACCAGAGAACAUACAUGUGCAGCUGGAAGAAGUCUCCUGUGAAGAGAAAGAUGUGCAGCUGGAAGAAGUCUCCUGUGAGGAGAAAGAUGUGCAGCUGGAAGAAGUCUCCUGUGAGGAGAAAGAUGUGCAGCUGGAAGAAGUCUCCUGUGAGAAGAAAGAUGUGCAGCUGGAAAAAGUCUCCUGUGAGGAGAAAGAUGUGCAGCUGGAAGCUGACAUCCACGAUGCCAUCUCAGAGUCUGUAUUGCUGGUGUUUGAAGAACUGACCGAUCCACUGGGGCCUUCCACAAAAGUGGAUGGAAGCAUCAGUGAGACUGAUCAGGAAGGCAUUGAUGUUUCUCCUGAAACUUCUGAGGAGAACAUCCCAACAGAAUUUGCCAAAGUGAAAAAGACAAUGAGUGAGUUCUUCCGAACUGGGAUCUCAUCACAGUCUAAGACUGAUCCGGCUGUUUCCGAGUCGCUGUGUGAGGAGGCAGGAAGCAGCAGUGAGAUCAGUCAGGGAGACAUGGAUGCUUCAUCUGAAGUCUCUGAGGAGGACAUCCCAAUAGACUUUGCCAAAGUGAGGAGGACCAUUAGUGAGUUCUUCCGGACUGGGAACUCAGCACAGCCCAAAACUGAUCUGGCUGUUUCCGAGUUCCUGUGUAAAGGUGCAGGAAGCAGCAGUGAGAUCAGUCAGGGUGGCAUGGAUGCUUCUUUUGAUAUCUGUCACGAGAACAUCCCAAUAGAAUAUGCCAAAGUGAGGAAGACAAUUAGUGCGUUCUUCCAAAAGCGUUUUGAGAUCUCAGCACAGCUAGAUCCAGAUGUUUCAGAGUCACUGUGUGUCCCAGAUGCAAGUGUUCUUGAACCAAAAUCUGAAGCUUUGUCCUCAUCAUCUGAGCUUAUGGAACCUGGACUGGAUCCUGAGGAAUGGUCUAUCCUGAACAGUUCUGGACCGGAACCUGCAUCCCCAGAAGGUUUGGUGGUUGACAUCAGUGAUGCCACCUCAGAGCCGAGGAGCCCAACGAUGGUGUCUGAAGACCUGACCGAUCCAGAAGGGCCUUCAGCGGAAGUGUCAGGGAGCAGCAGCGGGAACGAUCAGGGAGACACUGAUGUUUCUCCUGAAACCCCUGAGGAGGACAUUCCAACAGAAUAUGUCAAAGUGAGGAAGAUCAAUAAAAUGAGUAUGUUCUUCCAAAAGCUUUUUGGGAUCUCAGCACAGCCUCAGAACGAUCCAGCUGUUCCAGAGCCUCCGUGCAUCCCAGAAGCAAGCGUUCCCGAGCAAGAACCUCAUGUGACAGAGCUUUCAGUCUUAGAGAACUAUAUUCCUCAAAAUAUUUCUCAGCUGAAAAAACGUUUGGAGGAACAUACACCAUCUGAGACACCUGUCACUGAGGUCUGGCCCAACAUCUUCUUGGGAAAUGAAGAGACCGCAAGAGACCGAACCAAACUCAAAGAGAUGGGUAUUACCCACAUCUUAAACACAGCAGCAGUGAAGAAGAAGCUGAGGGUCUUGAUGGGAAUGCCAAAAGGAAAAGACCUGAAUGGAAAGAUUAAUACAGGGAAGAAAUAUUACAGAGGCAUGAAUAUAAAAUACUGUGGCUUGCCUACAACACACAGAGAUGGCUUGAACAUGGGCAUGUACUUUUUACCAGCUGCCAAAUUCAUCCACAAGGCCCUGAGGAGCCCAGACAGUAAGAUCUUUUAUCAAGUCCACUCCCCUACACUUUUGCUGGCAUAUCUGGUGAUCCAUCAUGACAUGAUGGUGGAGGAAGCCAUCGAUCAGGUUAUAAAGGUGCGACACAUCAAGCCCUCCAUAAACUUCCUGACGCAGCUGAUGUCCCUCAAUGCUGAACUUGUGGAGCAGCGAAAACAACCAGGCAGCAAAGUGCCACUAAAAACAUAG